GUGAUAGUUGUUGUUGUUGCUGUUGCGUGUGUCCGGAUUGCCUUUCAAAAGUCAAAUCAAGCAAAAAAAAUUCAAAAAACAAUGUGUAUAACUUUCUAAACUCACUCCAGAACCCCAAAAGAACAUCCUAUUUCUUUAUACCGCUAACAUAAUGGAAGGCCCGCAAACGGUGGGCAUAUAGAUAUCGCAUAUCCGGCUAGCGAACAGAAGAACACAACACAACCGACCUCUAAGAUUAGAAAUCCGUGCCGGACAGCAUGCAAUCCUUGCGUGGCUGCCCGGCCCGUGGCCUAAUCCUGUCCAGAGCCAUUCGCGGCCAGCGCAGCCUGCGAAUGAGUUGGCCACGGAAUAGCAGCGCGACUGGAGGAGCUGGAGGAGCAGCGCCCGGUGGAGGCAGCAGCACCACCACCAACACCAUCGGCUUUGGAGCGCUUCAGAAGCUGCGGGAAUGGCAUGCGAAUGCAUUCAGUAGCCGCUUCCUCCUCUUCACCAACGUGGGCAUCUCGCUGACUCUGAGCUGUGUGGGUGACGUCCUAGAACAGCACCUGGAAAUCUAUUGCGGCGAAAUCGAGCGCUUCGAGUCCACGCGCACUGCCCACAUGGCCAUCAGUGGUGUGACGGUGGGCGUCAUCUGUCACUACUGGUACAAGAUGCUGGACAAACGGAUGCCCGGACGCAGUAUGCGUGUGGUGGCCAAGAAGAUCGUGCUCGACCAGCUGAUCUGCUCGCCCAUUUACAUCAGUGCCUUCUUCGUCACGCUGGGUCUGCUGGAGCAGAAGACCAAGCACGAAGUGUGGGAGGAGAUCAAGGAGAAGGCUUGGAAGCUGUACGCCGCCGAGUGGACUGUGUGGCCGGUGGCGCAGUUCGUCAACUUCUACUGGAUCCCUACCCAUUAUCGCAUCUUCUACGACAACAUCAUCAGUCUGGGCUACGAUGUGCUAACCUCGAAGGUCAAGCACAAACAGUCGCAUUCGCAUCUGAAGAAGAUUCCCUAACCCAGCGCCAGCCUCUGGACCUCCUCAUAUCCUUGUAACUAUUUAUUACCAAAUCGCAAACCUUGUAAAUACAGACGAGCCCGUGUACAGAGACUAACAAAUUGUGAAUUAUUGUAAAUUACCAACCAGUUUGGUAGCACUUGUCGGCCAUUUGAAUCGCUGGCCACCGGUUGAGUGCCUUAGCCACAAGAGGACUAACUAAACAGAGAGAUGGAAUUGCUAAAAGGAAGCCCGUGCGGAUGACGCACGUCCAGUUCGUCAAAGGUGAUAAGAUUUUCCCUCUAGCAACAGUCGGGCUACCAAACAUGCGAUGCGAUGCGAUGUGAUGCGUUGAGAUUGGAGGCGAUGCCAAGCCUACCUUCUCAGUUGUUUCCACCUGAUAAGCUCUGCUUGGCAGCGGUCUUAAAAUAAGUCAUAGGAAAAAUAACCAUGCCAGUGAUAGGAAGCCAGUGGACGCGUUAUUAGAAAAAUUAUAGCUAUAAAUAUAGAUGGACACGUGAGGGUUCUAUUCUAAAAC